GCGGGUAAGAUUGCCAGCUGGGAUCGUAUUAUUGCAGUGAACGGUCAGCUUAUCGACGACUACGACACUGCCCUGCAGCUGUUGACUCGAUGUCCCAACCGCGUCAGUCUUCGCGUCUCUCGUAUCAAGCCAGUGCAUCUCCUUCAUCCAAUUGUUGAGGGCCGGUCCACCUCACCCCUUCCCAAGACAUUUUCUCCCCUCAAUGCUCCCCCAGUGCCUAUUGUGCCGGGCGUGGAGACCACCAUCGAGCUGCUGAAAGGCAGCGGGGACCUGGGCUUCUCCAUCGUCGGCGGCGUUGAUACCAUCCACGGGAGCGUGUUCGUGCACGAGGUCUACGAGGGCGGUGUGGUUGCUCGUGAUGGCCGCCUGAAACCCGGCGACCGGCUGCUGGCCGUGAACAAUGUUGACCUUCGCAACGCAACGCAUGCCACUGCCCGAAAUGUGCGUUUUCUACCUGCGGAGUCUGUCUUGUGUUUUCUUCACAGUGCUUACUGCUUUCUCACCAACUAA